GAGGAAAAUGAAGAAAUUGGAGGAGGAGCAGAAGGUGGCCAGGGGAAGAGAAAGAGACUUUUCUCAAAAGAACUGCGCUGUAUGAUGUAUGGGUUUGGGGAUGACCAGAAUCCUUACACAGAGUCUGUGGAUAUUCUUGAAGACCUUGUCAUAGAGUUCAUCACUGAAAUGACUCACAAGGCAAUGUCGAUUGGAAGACAAGGUCGAGUGCAAGUUGAAGAUAUUGUCUUCCUAAUUCGAAAGGAUCCAAGGAAGUUUGCUAGAGUUAAAGACUUACUAACUAUGAAUGAAGAAUUGAAACGGGCUAGAAAAGCUUUUGACGAAGCCAACUAUGGAUCUUGACACCGUUUGUAAUUCCUGAGAUUUUGGUAUUUUCUGUGGAAACCAUACAUUGUUGUUGUUGUCUGCAGUAAUAUCAUGAUAGCUAGCCAUGCAAUGAAAGAGGUCUUUAUCUGACCAUAUUUGAAUUACUGGCCUUUAAUAACUCCUAACUUAAAGUAUUGCAAACCAUGCAGUUCCAUCCGAAAGGGGGAAGUAGUAUUUAUUCUUCAGGUAGACGUGUGCAUUCCAAGCUGUAUACCAUUGCUGCAUAAUACGCAAUCUAAAUGUCCUUUUGAUUUUAUGAAUGGUGAGGCUUGGGCUUUAUGUAUCUCAAGUUUUUAGAUGAGAGUGGUAGGAGAAGUUAUUAAAGAUAAUGAACUGGUUUGUGUGUGUGUUUUUUUUAAGAAACUAAAUUCUUGUCAGAAUGUUUGUCUUAAUAGAUCAUUUGUUUUAAUAUUCUUUUCUAAAGAACACUUUUUUUUUUUUAAAGAAACUAAUAUUUGCUAAGUGUUAACAGACCUUGUCUUCCUUAUUGGCUGUAAAGCUUCCAAAAACAAAUGCCUUGAGUAGUAGGAAUGGCAAAGCUUAUAAAGCUGGUGCCAGGACAGGUAUUUCGGGUUGUGUCUAUUGACGUAAAUUUAAGUACUUUCAUUGUGAGAAUGUAUAGUUGAUUAAACCUGUGUGUGACAGUGCAAACCAUUUUCACAGUUCAGGAUAUGCAGGCUUUGUGUAGUUCGCUUACUGCAUUAAAUUAUUAUUCUGCUUAGCUUACAAUAAGGAUUCAAAUUGCAUUUAAAGAGCUUACUGAAUGUUACUCUGAAACUUACUGGUGCUUCUUAACAUUUCUAAAUCAGUACUUGGGGAAAUACUACCUGUUUAAUCUACUGAUACAAGGAAUAAAGAAUAAGGAAUUGAACACACCUACACUUGAA